AUGGCGUCGCUGCUGGACUUUGAAGGUGCCUCCGUCCCGGCCGGCGCACUCUGGCUUGCCGCCACCGUGGUGGCCCUGCUCUCCCUGGCGGUCGCCCGCCUCGCGUUCAACGCCCUCCCCAGCAAGCGGCCCCCAAUCUUUGAGGGCAUCCCAUUCAUCGGCGGCCUCUUAAAGUUCCUGGCCCCUCUGCCCCUCUUGCAGCAGGGCUACGCCAAAUUCGGCGAGGUCUUCACCGUGCCCGUGCUGCACAAGCGGAUAACCUUCCUGAAUGGGCCGUACGUGACCUCACAUUUUUUCAAGGCCACGGACGAUAUUAUCAGCCAAAAGGAGGUGUACGGAUUCAACGUGCCGACCUUCGGGCCGGGCGUGGUGUAUGAUGUGGACAUCAAGGUGCGCACGGAGCAGUUCAGGUUCUUCGCGGAGGCGCUCAAGGCAUCCAAGCUGAAGGAGUACCAGCCGCUCAUCCUGGGAGAGACCAAGGACUUUUUCUCAGCGUGGGGCGAGACGGGAAUUGAGGAGCUGAGCAGCCAGAUGGGCAGCCUCGUCACCCUCACAGCAAGCCGCACGCUGCUGGGACGGGAGAUCCGCGAGGUGCUGUUCGCGGAGGUGUCCAGGCUGCUCCACGACCUGGACGCUGGCAUGCUGCCCGUUUCGUUUCUGUUCCCCUACCUCCCCAUCCAGGCGCACCGCCAGAGGGACAAGUCCAGGAAGGAGCUGGGCGCGCUGUACAAGAAGGUGAUCGAGGCCCGCAGGGCGUCCGGCGCCAAGGAGACAGACCUGCUGCAGACUUUCAUCGACGCAAGGUACAAGAACAAUUUCGACGGGCGGGCCCUAACCGACGAGGAGAUCACGGGGCUGCUCAUCGCGGCGCUGUUUGCCGGGCAGCACACGAGCUCAUCGACGGCGUCCUGGACGGGCUACUACCUCAUUUCGAGGAAGGAGUGGUGGCAGCAGGCCGUUGAGGAACAGCGGCAGAUCAUGGCGGAGCAUGGCGAGGAGAUCACUUACGAAAGGGUGCAAAACAUGCCUGUGCUGCACAGAGUCAUGCAAGAGGCCCUGCGGCUCCAUCCCCCCCUGAUUCUGAUUCUGCGCUAUGUGCGUGAGUCAUUCGAGGUGACCACCAAAGCGGGGAAGACCUACGUCAUCCCAAAAGGUGAUGUUGUGGCAACAUCACCAACUUUCACACAUUCGCUGCCAGACUUGUUCAAGGAGCCCGCAGACUUUGACCCAGACAGGUACCUGCCACCAAGGGAAGAGGACCAGAAGAGACCUUUCACAUACAUUGCGUUUGGCGGUGGGAGGCAUGGCUGCAUGGGGUACAACUUUGCGUUCAUCCAGAUCAAGACGAUCUGGAGCUACCUCAUCAGGAACUUUGAGUUUGAGAUGGUUGAUUCCUUCCCAGAGCCAGACUAUGAGGGCCUUGUGAUAGGACCAAAGCAGUCACACAUCAGGUACAGGCGAAGGAAGUUGUGA